AUGGAGAAGAGAAUGAAAAUAAGCCAUGCCAUUCAAUGUAAGAAUCUUGGAUUUCAGCCUCCUCCUGGCAGCAGGGAGAUACAUGGCUGGAAGUGGAACUUUAUGAAAGAGUAUAGAAGCGUACUGGGAACUAAACCUGGGUCUUCUCCAAAAGCAGCAAGUCCUUUUAACAGCAGAGGCAUCUUUCGAGGCCCCAAAUGUGACCUUUUGAUCCCUCGCUCAGAAGCAGCAGCUGAAGUUGUGUGUGGCAAAGGCCAAAAACAGGAAAGGCAAAUAAGAGGCUGUCUUGUUUUCUUCAAAAUUGUGAGAGAUGAGAUGACUGGCUGGGAUGACAGCAGUUCCGUGAGCAGUGGUCUCAGUGAUACGCUUGAUAACAUUAGCACAGAUGACCUCAACACCACGUCCUCCGUCAGCUCCUACUCCAACAUCACUGUCCCCUCCAGAAAGAACACUCAGCUGAAAACAGAUGCCGAGAAACGCUCGACAACAGAUGAGACCUGGGAUAGUCCGGAGGAGCUGAAGAAAACCGAGGAAGAUUUUGACAGCCAUGGUGAUGGAGGUGCCAAGUGGAAGGGUGUCGCUUCUGGACUUGCUGAAGACUCAGAGAAGACAGGGCAGAAAGCCAGCCUGUCCGUGUCUCAGACAGGAUCCUGGAGGAGAGGCAUGUCUGCCCAGGGGGGAACACCAGCUAGGCAGAAAACCAGCACAAGUGCACUCAAGACACCUGGGAAGACAGACGAUGCCAAAGCUUCAGAGAAAGGGAAAACUCCUCUCAAAGGAUCAUCCUUGCAAAGGUCUCCUUCAGAUGCAGGGAAAAGCAGUGGGGAGGAAGGGAAAAAGCCACCCUCAGGCAUUGGAAGAUCGACAGCCAGCAGUUCUUUUGGAUAUAAGAAGCCAAGUAGUGUAGGAGCCUCUCCUAUGAUUACCAACAGCGGUGCCACCAUAACAAGCGGCUCAGCUACACUGGGAAAAAUCCCCAAAUCCGCUGCCAUUGGUGGGAAGUCCAACGCAGGAAGAAAAACCAGUCUGGACGGGUCCCAGAAUCAAGAUGAUGUUGUCCUGCAUGUGAGCUCGAAGACUACCCUCCAGUACCGCAGUUUGCCCCGCCCUUCUAAGUCCAGCACCAGCGGUAUCCCUGGGAGAGGUGGCCACAGAUCCAGCACCAGCAGCAUCGAUUCCAAUGUCAGCAGCAAGUCAGCUGGGGCCACCACCUCGAAACUGAGAGAACCCACGAAGAUCGGCUCAGGGCGCUCGAGUCCAGUCACUGUCAACCAAACAGACAAAGAAAAGGAGAAAGUAGCAGUGUCGGAUUCAGAGAGUGUUUCCUUGUCAGGUUCCCCCAAAUCCAGCCCCACCUCUGCUAGUGCCUGUGGUACUCAAGGGCUCAGACAGCCAGGGUCCAAAUAUCCAGAUAUUGCCUCGCCUACGUUUCGAAGGUUGUUCGGUGCCAAGGCAGGUGGCAAAUCUGCCUCCGCACCUAAUACUGAGGGGGUGAAAUCCUCCUCAGCAGUGCCCAGCCCUAGUACCUCUUUAGCCCGACAAGGCAGUCUGGAGUCACCGUCGUCCGGUACCGGAAGCAUGGGCAGUGCUGGUGGGCUGAGUGGCAGCAGCAGCCCUCUCUUCAAUAAACCCUCAGACCUAACUACAGAUGUUAUAAGCUUAAGUCACUCCUUGGCUUCCAGCCCAGCGUCGGUUCACUCUUUCACAUCCGGUGGGCUUGUGUGGGCUGCCAAUCUGAGCAGUUCCUCUGCCGGCAGCAAGGACACUCCAAGUUACCAGUCCAUGACUAGUCUCCAUACGAGCUCUGAGUCCAUUGACCUGCCCCUCAGCCAUCAUGGCUCCCUGUCGGGACUGACCACAGGCACUCACGAGGUGCAGAGCCUGCUCAUGAGAACGGGUAGUGUGAGAUCUACUCUCUCAGAAAGCAUGCAGCUUGACAGAAAUACACUACCCAAAAAGGGACUAAGAUACACCCCAUCAUCUCGACAGGCCAACCAAGAAGAAGGCAAGGAGUGGCUACGUUCACAUUCCACUGGCGGGCUGCAGGAUACUGGCAACCAGUCUCCCUUGGUCUCCCCUUCUGCCAUGUCAUCUUCAGCCACAGGAAAAUACCACUUUUCCAACUUGGUGAGUCCCACCAACCUCUCUCAGUUUAACCUGCCUGGACCCAGUAUGAUGCGGUCCAGCAGCAUCCCCGCCCAAGACUCCUCCUUUGACCUCUAUGAUGAUGCCCAGCUUUGCGGAAGUGCCACUUCUCUGGAGGAAAGGCCACGUGCCAUCAGUCAUUCAGGCUCAUUCCGAGACAGCAUGGAGGAAGUUCACGGCUCUUCACUGUCAUUGGUCUCUAGCACCUCAUCCCUUUACUCUACGGCUGAAGAGAAGGCUCAUUCAGAGCAAAUCCAUAAGCUACGGAGAGAACUGGUUGCCUCCCAGGAGAAAGUUGCUACCCUCACAUCUCAGCUGUCAGCAAACGCUCAUCUCGUAGCAGCUUUUGAAAAGAGUUUAGGGAAUAUGACUGGCCGUUUGCAAAGUCUAACCAUGACAGCGGAACAAAAGGAAUCUGAACUUAUAGAACUACGGGAAACCAUUGAAAUGCUGAAGGCCCAGAACUCUGCUGCCCAGGCAGCCAUUCAGGGUGCGCUGAAUGGCCCAGACCACCCUCCCAAAGAUCUCCGCAUCAGAAGACAGCACUCCUCUGAAAGUGUCUCUAGUAUCAACAGCGCCACGAGCCAUUCCAGCAUUGGCAGUGGUAAUGAUGCCGACUCCAAGAAAAAGAAGAAGAAAAACUGGCUGAGAAGUUCUUUCAAGCAAGCCUUUGGAAAGAAAAAGUCCACCAAGCCACCCUCCUCGCAUUCGGACAUUGAAGAGCUGACAGACUCCUCCCUGCCAGCUUCCCCCAAGCUACCCCACAAUGCUGGCGAGAGUGCCCCCUCACCCAUGAAGCCCUCGCAGUCAGCCUCAGCGAUCUGUGAGUGCACCGAGGCUGAGGCCGAGAUCAUUCUGCAGUUGAAGAGCGAGCUCAGGGAAAAGGAAUUAAAAUUAACAGAUAUAAGGUUGGAGGCCCUCAGCUCCGCUCACCAUCUCGAUCAGAUCCGGGAAGCCAUGAACCGGAUGCAGAAUGAAAUUGAAAUAUUAAAGGCUGAAAAUGACCGGCUGAAGGCAGAGACUGGAAACACAGCUAAACCUGCUAGGCCCCCAUCUGAGUCCUCAAGCACAGCCUCCUCUUCUUCUUCUCGCCAGUCCUUAGGGCUUUCACUCAACAACCUAAACAUCACAGAGUCUGUUACCUCAGAUAUUUUGCUAGACGACCCUGGUGAUGCGACUGGACACAAGGACGGCCGCAGUGUGAAGAUUAUAGUCUCCAUCAGCAAGGGCUACGGUCGAGCCAAGGACCAGAAGUCUCAGGCAUAUUUGAUAGGAUCCAUUGGUGUUAGUGGAAAAACUAAAUGGGACGUCUUAGAUGGUGUCAUUAGGCGUCUCUUUAAGGAAUAUGUGUUCCGAAUUGAUACAUCCUCUAGUCUUGGUCUGAGCUCUGACUGUAUUGCUAGCUACCGGAUAGGAGAUUUAAUUAGAUCUCACAACCUAGAAGUGCCUGAACUGCUACCUUGUGGAUACUUGGUUGGAGAUAAUAAUAUCAUCACUGUGAAUCUGAAAGGAGUAGAAGAAAAUAGUUUGGACAGUUUUGUUUUUGAUACACUGAUUCCUAAACCAAUUACCCAAAGGUACUUUAACUUGCUGAUGGAGCACCACAGAAUUAUACUCUCAGGACCAAGUGGUACUGGAAAGACCUAUUUAGCAAACAAACUUGCUGAAUAUGUAAUAAGCAAAUCUGGCAGGAAAAAGACAGAAGAUGCAAUUGCUACUUUUAAUGUGGACCACAAGUCAAGUAAGGAAUUGCAGCAGUAUCUUGCCAACCUGGCUGAGCAGUGCAGUGCAGACAAUAAUGGGGUAGAGCUCCCUGUUGUCAUAAUUCUGGAUAAUCUUCACCAUGUGGGCUCUUUGAGUGAUAUCUUCAAUGGUUUUCUCAAUUGUAAAUACAACAAAUGUCCUUAUAUUAUUGGAACCAUGAAUCAGGGAGUCUCUUCGUCACCAAAUUUAGAACUACAUCACAACUUCAGGUGGGUACUAUGUUCAAACCACACAGAGCCUGUGAAAGGCUUUUUAGGCAGGUAUCUUCGAAGGAAGCUGAUAGAAGUGGAAAUUGAAAGGAAUAUACGUAAUAAUGACCUAGUCAAAAUUAUAGACUGGAUUCCUAAGACGUGGCAUCAUCUCAAUAGCUUUUUGGAAACACACAGUUCUUCUGAUGUCACCAUUGGUCCUCGGCUUUUCCUUCCUUGCCCCAUGGAUGUGGAAGGUUCUAGGGUGUGGUUCAUGGACCUUUGGAAUUAUUCCUUGGUACCUUAUGUUCUGGAGGCAGUGAGGGAAGGCCUACAGAUGUACGGUAAACGUGCACCGUGGGAAGAUCCCUCCAAGUGGGUCCUUGACACGUACCCAUGGAGUUCUGCAUCCUUGCCUCAGGAAGGCCCAGCAUUACUGCAGUUGCGACCAGAAGAUGUUGGGUACGAAGGCUGCACAUCUACAAAGGAAGCCACAACGUCAAAGCACAUUCCCCAAACUGAUACAGAAGGGGACCCCUUGAUGAAUAUGCUAAUGAAGCUCCAAGAAGCAGCCAAUUACCCGGGCACACAAAGCUGUGACAGUGAUAGCGUCAGCCACCAUGAAGAUAUUUUGGAUACUUCUAUUGAAUCCACCCUCUAAAGGGUGAAGGCAUUAGGCAAAGGACGAUGCUCUUCAAAAAGGUGUUUUAAAAGACAGGUCUUGUCAUUAAACCACUGCCAGUAUGAAAGCCCCCUGUCCAGGGCCCUGACCCAGAGUUGUGGUGUCCAAGGAGGCAGUAAAAUUAGGUUGGAACUGCCAAGAUGCUAAAUUGAAAUGGGAGCUUAAGUUUAUUUUAUUCCUAGGCAUUUUUAUAACCAUGGAGUUAGCAACGGCUCCAUUACUCGCCUGGAAAGAGCCCUAAAGACGGGGGCCAACAAGUAGAUCACAAGUGAGAUAGUGAGACUGGACUUAAUUUUCUUCCUCUUUCAAAGUUUACAGUGCAGACCUAAUUUUUCUUUCUUUUUUUUCUUUUCCUUUUUCGUGCCUUUCUUUUGUUUCCUCGGGGCCGAGGCUGCGCCUUCUCAGGCAGGAUCUUUCCGAUCCAUGGAACCUCCUUUGUGCCACAUGGUGCUGGUGACAGGGCCCCAGUAGAGUUUGUGUUGUGUGCUCACUCACUGCAGAAUGAACCCAAGAGGCCAGUCCUCCGUAAGCACAAAGGGAAUUGUGCACCCACCAGAAAAUAAAAACGUCUGUAUCAAACAGGAAGAGCCCCGCUUCCUUCUGACUGCCGCGCUCCUGAAGGGGCGCUUACCCUCUCUUAGGGUAUGAGUCAUGGGUUUUAUAAGGUUGUUUUUACCACAGUGGUCUUUUCAAACCACCUGCCAACUCCCUGAACCAGAGUUUUAUACCGAUUAUUAGUCAACACUGACAAAAGGCUUUUUAGGGCUUUAUUUGUUUGAGCCUUUUCAGUGAAAGAAGGAACAUUUUCUAUGGUGCUGUCUCACUGCCUUAAACCAGAUUUCUCCAACAGUUUCAACAGUUCGUUUCAAUACUAAACCAUUGGUAAUUUCCACUGUCUCUUCAUUUACAACCAAGCAACACACCAGUUAAUGCAGCAGCCUCAUUUUCUGUAUGUCAUCUUUUUUUUUUUUUAUUUUCCUUCUCUUGAAGAAAUGGAUAGGAGAAAGAUCAGUAUUUUUAUCUUAUGAAUAAAGAGAUUUCUUUGCCUAUCCUGCAAAUAAUUUGAGAACCAUAGAACCCUUCUUUGGCCAUCACUUAAAUGCAGAGACAUGUGGCUUCACUCCUCCUAGUUCUAAAUGAAAGCAUUUCGGAAGGUGGGAGAUUCCUAAUAUGGAUCCAGUUGAAACUUCAAGCACUGGAUUCAGCAUGAGCACAAACCAUUUGGCUUUCCUUCCCUCGUGUUUAUCUUUCAAAGACAAAAAAAAUAAGUUAGGUUUUGGCGCAUAUCAUUUUGAGUGCUAUCGUCAUACACGAGACAUCCCGCAUUAAGGAACGCUGAUGUGGUCAGUCACUGUGGAAGAGGAAGCAUUUAUACUGUACAAGAAGGUUAGAUUUGCACAGUCUACUGGGUAGGUAUUGUAAAUAAUGAUUUUUUUCCCCAAACUUGCACAAAUUCAAAAACGAGACACAAACAAAAAUUGUAUUUUAUCCUGUUGGUGUUAAGGGACGUCUCACCUGCUGAGGCACCCUGUAUGCUGCAAGCAAAUAUAGAAUGCAAAUCCUCAAAGCUGUUAUGAUCUGGUGUGUUUGUCCUGUGCUUAACAAGUCGUGACAAUGCAGGAGCCAUCAGUGCUAGAGUGCGCAUGCUUCAGAACUGUACACGAGGCCGGUACAAUUUGGGAUGAGUAACUGUCUGAACGUACAUAUCUCGUGGUGGGCUAUAAAGACAGUGCGUGACAACUAAAUCAGUCACUGGCAAAGGUACACCACCCACAGAGGACAGGUUCCAAAUUUAUGAAACCUAAAGUCUAUGCCAUGCUGCAGACGAAGCUCUGUGCGCCUUUUAGGACAUGUUAUUGGUGCUACCCUCUGUGACCACCUUUGGGUUGGUUUCCGUAGAGCAAAAUUAGCAACACAAGGUAUCUGUGCAGAUUUCAGAAUGCAGCUAAGUAUAUAGGUCCUUACACGGUGCUACUGCCCCGAGGGAUAUCAGACUGAACUUAUGCACACAGAAUUGUCACCCUGACUUUGGAACCUCAACUGUGGAUCAAAUCUAUUGUACAACAUCAAUCUAUGUAGCUGGAUGAGUGACUAGUCGCCCUUGUAUGAUACGUGAGCUAAGGAAUUUGCUCAUCUUUCCCUGCCAUUUCGAGACACACAGUCCACACAUGAGCAUAAAGAGAACUUCCUGCAAUACAUCCCAGUAGGUACACCUAGUUUACAAUUUAAACUAGUUUGUGAAACAUUUGUCUGUAUACAUUUUAUAUUUUGUACAUUUUUUGAUGUAACAUAUCAUGUAAAUAUGAAGAAGCAGUGAAAGAAAUCAUCUGAAAAGUUUUGUAGUCUUUGUAAAGCCCCAACAAUGAGUACUUGGUGUCCAUGGAUCUAACUGGAUGAUGUAUUUUCUAUUGGUUUAUUGUUCCCCUAGCUUGUAAACCAGCUUGCAUAUAUUUUUUUGCAAAUGUGCACCCUGUAUCUGUCUAAAUUAUUACUUUACCAUUAAAGUGGAAUUAUUUAUUGACAA